AUGGCGGCGCGGUCGUCGUCGGGGGUGGCGGCGGCAGAGGGGGCGGCGGCCGUGGCGGCAGCGGUGCUACUCGUGAGCAGUAGUCGCCAUCCAGACCGAUGGAUUGUCCCUGGGGGAGGCAUGGAGCCCGAGGAGGAGCCGAGUGUGGCGGCAGUCCGUGAAGUCUGUGAGGAGGCUGGAGUAAAAGGGACAUUGGGAAGAUUAGUUGGAAUUUUUGAGCAGAACCAGGAGAGGAAGCACAGAACGUAUGUCUAUGUGCUCGUUGUCACAGAAGUGCUGGAAGACUGGGAAGAUUCAGUUAACAUUGGAAGGAAGAGGGAAUGGUUUAAAAUAGAAGAUGCCAUAAAAGUGCUUCAGUAUCACAAACCGGUGCAGGCAUCGUAUUUUGAAACGUUGAGGCAAGGCUACUCAGCCAACAACGGCACCCCGGUCGUGGCCACCACGUACUCGGUUUCUGCUCAGAGCUCGAUGCCAGGCAUCAGAUGACUGAAGGCUUCGUGUAAGAGGAAUGGAAAUUGGAAACUAGACUGAAGUGCAGAUCUCCCCUCCCCUGCUCUUUUCACCUCUCCUCACAGGCCUCCUCUUCAAUAAGACAUGAUGGGCGGCAGAGAAAGGGUUUAUUGAUGAUGUUGCUGUUUGGUGUUAAGUGAUGGGCUUUUUCUUCUCUUUUUAUGGAGGGGGGCGGGGGGAUGGGCAUGUAAUUUGUAAGUACUUUGGUGCAUGAUCGGUCCCUCCCUUUUCACACCCCCACAAUUGUCUAAGGAGACAAACAGCCUUCCCUCUGCCUUGGAUUCUGAAGUGUUCCUGUUUGUCUCAUCCCAGCCCUGGCCAGACAUUUUUCUUUGAUUUUUAAUUUUUUUUUUAUUAAAAAGAUACCAAUAUGAGAUGACACCUUUCAAGAAUUUGUCCUGUACUGCGCUGUUCAGUCCAGUAGGUUGGUCACUUCCGCUGCAGGAUACAUUUAUCUACACAUUAUAUACUGGGCAUAUAAUAUGUAAA